AUGCGCGUGUAUCUGCCCAUCGUUCUGAGCUCGUUCCUGCUCUCGUCCUCGCCCGCGCUGGCUCAGAACGCACUGGGCGACGGCUCGGCGCUCGACGGCAACCUGCGACAGGGCUCGCAGGGGCGGAACGCGCCGGCGCGCAACUUCGAGCGCGAGCUGCGUCUCCGCAACGCGAUCGUCACCGGGAACGCGGCCGGCGGGAAGAGUUUCCGCGGCGACGUCGGCUACGGCGCCGUCGACGAUUUCCGCGGCGAGGAGCUCGCGGGGGACGACUUUUUCGCGUUCGAGCGUGAUUCGUAUUUCUCGGUGGUCUCUGGGCAGGGCGUCCGCGGCGCCGACGCGCUGCGCAUGCAGAUGCAGCUGACCGUCGGCGGCUUUGUCGGCGAGGGCGACUUCCUCCCCGAGCCCAUCGUGAACCGGAGCCAGAACCCGACGCUCGCGCGGGAUGUCGCGGGCGGCGCCGGGGACGCAGAGCUCCGCGACCGCUACGGUUCGGCGGACCCGCUGCAGCACCGGCGCGGCGCGCUGCGCGCAACGAGCGAGUACGUCGCCCAGACCGCGUCGGCGCCUAUCCUGCUGCGCGUCACGCCCCCCGAGAACCCGGGCGACCCGACCCUCUACACCGUCACGACGCCGCUCCGCUCGAUCGUGGAGCAGCCCGAGGUGCGCCCCUCGCGCCGCCUGUCGGAUCUGUACGAGCAGAUCGAGCGCAUCGAGAACCGCGAGACCAACGCGGCGCCGACCAACCGCCUCGACGCGGAGACGCACCAGAGCGAGCACCAGGCGAUCCUCGAGCGUCUGCUCGAACGCCCCGCGCCCGACCACCCCGCCGGCGACGUCGGCGAGCCGGCGCCGGGCGACGAGCCCGAGCCGGGGGCGGGUCCGGGCGAGCUCGUGCCCGAGUCCGACCUGCUCGCUCGCCUGCGCGAGCUGCGCGAAGACCUCAUGCGCCCGAGCACGGACACGCCCGAGUACGGCGGGAACGAGGAAGCGAGCGACGACGCGGUCGAGGCGCUGCGCGAGCGCAUCGCCUCUGACGCGCAGCGGAUCUUCGAGAGCGGUGUGAUCGACGUCGAUUCGAUCGCGCCCCCGAGCCAGGACGAGGCGAGCGUGUUCGCGACCCACAUGCGCCGCGGGCAGGAGCAGCUCGCGAGCGGCGAGUGGUUCGCCGCCGAGGAACGGUUCACCAGCGCGCUGGGGCUGCGUCCCGGCGACCCGAUGGCCGCGGUCGGGCGCGUGCACGCGCAGAUCGGCGGCGGGAUGUUCCUCUCGGGCGGGCUGAACCUGCAGAAGCUCUUCCGCGCGCACCCCGAGCUCAUCAACGUGCGCUACGACGCCGCGCUCUUGCCGAUGGGCGACCGCCUCGGCGAGAUCGAGGCGUUGUUGCUGCCGCGCCUGCGCGGCGAGGACGAUUUCGCGCGCGGGGCGGCGGUCGUGCAGGCGUACCUGGGCUUCCAGGCUGAGAACCCCGUCUGGAUCGAGCGGGGGCUGACGCGCGCGCGGGAGAUCGACGAGGCGAACUCCCGCCGCCCUGACUCGCUGAUCGACGUGCUCGAGCAGGCACAAGCCGAGUCCAUCACCGAGUUCCUGACCGACGGGUCGCUCGCGCGUCUCUGCGCCACGCUUGAGGGGCUGGUCGGGGCGCCGGUGGCGCUGCGCGAUCGCAUCGGUCGCGUCAUCGCGAGCAGCGCCGAGGGCGUCACGCUCGAGCGGGGCGUGGACUUCGGCGGUUUCUCGGCUCCCAUCCGGGUCUCGGGGCGUUCGAUCGGGGCGCUGACGCUCGACGCCGACGGCGCGAGCGAGCGGACGGAAGAAGCGGAGCGCUUUCUCACGCUGCUGGCGUCGAUCGUCAGCGAGCUCUGCGAGCGCGAGGUGGAUCUGAGCGAACAGCUCGAGCGCCUCGAGGCGCUCCAGACCGUGACCUCCACGCUGGUGGGCGCCGGCGGGGUGCAGGAAUCGAUCGACGUCGGCCUGCGCACCGCGAUCGAGCUCCUCGGCGCGGACGCCGGCACGCUCCGCCUGCUCGACCCGUCCGGGCGGACGCUCCUGCCCCGCGCGGCCUUCGGGCUGAGCGAGGCGUACCUCGACAAAGCCGGGCCGCUGCCCGCGGACAACGCGCUCGACCGCGCGAUCCUCGCCGGGCGGGUGGUCGCCGUCGCCGAUUUCGCCGAGAGCGAAGCCAUGGCGCACCAGCCCCACGCGGUCCGCGACGAGAACCUCAAAGGGAUGCUCAGCGUGGCCUUGGUCUUCCAGGGCGAGGCGCUGGGCGUGCUGCGGGUGUACACGCGCACGCGGCGCGAGUUCACCCCGGCCGAUCAGGAGCUCUUCCGCUCGAUCGCGCGCCAGAUCGCUGCGGCUGUCGCCAACGCCCGGCUGCUCCAGCUCGAGGCGCGGUCCGUCGCGGUGCGCGAGCAGGUGCGGCUCGCCGGGCGGGUGCAGAAGCGGAUGCUCCCGACCUCGCUCCCCGAGCUCCCGCCGCUGUCCUUCGGCGCGGUGUGCGAGAGCAGCUACGACGUCGGCGGGGAUUUCUACGACGUGUUCGUGCGCGACGGUCGGGCGGCGCUGAUCGUCGGCGACGUCGUCGGCAAGGGCGUCGCGGCGGCUCUGCUGAUGGCGAACCUGCACGGGACCCUCCGCGCGUACGCCGAGACCGACGACGACCCGGCGUCGGUCGUCGCCGCGACCAACCGCGCGCUGGCCCGCGACAGCCUGCUCAGCGAGUUCGCCACGCUCUUCCUCGGUUACGCCGACCCGGCGAGCGGGCGCCUCGUGUACUGCAACGGCGGGCACGAGCCCCCGCUGGUCGUGCGCGUGCCGGAGCACCGCCCCCCCACCCGCGCCGAUGUCGACGAGCUCGACGUGGGCGGGAUGGUCGUCGGGGUCGACCCGUCGCAGCGCUACCAGACCGGCGUGUGCGAUCUGCGCCCGGGCGACGUACUCCUCGCGUUCUCAGACGGGCUCAGCGAGGCGAUGAACUACGACAUGCGCAAGUUCACCCGCGAGCGCGCCCGCGACGAGCUGCUCGACUACUUGGGCGAGCACCCCGACGCGAGCGCCGAGAGCGUGUGCAAGCACAUGCUGUGGGCGGUGCGCCGCUACACCGGGCUCGCGGAGCAAUCCGACGACAUCACGAUCGUCGCGCUGCGCGUCGGGCGUUAG